AUGGCCCCGAUUUGGUCAAAACAGCCAUUUAAGGCGGCCUAUAUUGCCUUCGCUCUCUUGAUUAAGAUCCCAGUGCUUCUGGUGCUCUCCCCUAGAUUCCUUUUUCCAACAUUCCGCCCGCUCCGGACUCUCACCUUCCGGAUCACUCUCUUCGCCAGGCUAGUCCGCGAAUAUAUCCUGUUUCAAGCGCAGACUCGUUCCAACGAGAAAAGCGCUGUGGAAGCUAGUCAAUCCAAGGCGAAGGACCGUUUUGCCAAAGCCCAGACCGGUGAUGCAACUCUCUACACUGAUAUCUUGGAAGCAACCCCGGUCAUCAAACCUGCCGAGGUCGGGGGCCUUUGGUACCCUGGACCCCCGCCGCCUUCUGCGGACCUCAAAGACGAGAAGGUUGUUCUUCAUUUCCCGGGAGGAGCAUUUGUUAUAGCUUGUGGUAGUGAUUUGAACGGCCGGAUGUUCAGCCCUUUUGCACUGAAAGAUCUCAAAGCGAGCCGGCUCUUCCUUGCUCAAUAUCGUGUUGCAGAGGAUCCCAGUACGCGAUUUCCCGCCGCGCUUCAGGAUCUAGUCACAUUCUACAACUACAUUUUAUCCUUGGGGUACAGGCCUUGCAAUAUUCUCGUCUCCGGUGACUCCGCGGCAGGCAAUCUCACGAUAGGCUUGGUUCGGUACUUGGAGCAAACAGCAGUGCUCUCACUGCCUGCUGGUGCGAUGCUUUGGUCUCCCUGGACACACGUGACAAAGGCAGCUGGGCAAGAUUAUCUGCAAGAGGCGAACGCGCAUGCAGAUAUCUUGGCACCGGAAAUACUUCAAUGGGGAGCAGAUGCGUACCUUCCGGAAAAUGGGCCAUCUAAGGAGGCUGUUCCUUAUGUUUCCCCUUUACACCAUCCGUUUCGAACCACCGUUCCUUUUUUUAUUCAUAGUGGGAAGGCUGAAGGUUUCUGUGACACUAUUCGAGCCUUUGCACAAGAAAUGUCCAAUGUGGAAGGGAACCGUGUGAGGCUUCAUGAAACGGAUUUAGGUCCACACAACACGGCGUUUUCCCACCUCGCCACAGGGUUGACGGCGGCGAUUCAAAGGGCCUUUGAAGAUGCUCGAGAUUUUUUCGAUGACCAGGCUUGA